CCGCAGUGAGGACGCGUCGCCGGCGCCGUUCAGUGUCAAAGUCAGUUCAGUUGUGCCUGAGCUCGUGCCAGAGACAGUCAGUUGCGCUGCGAGUCUGCCAUUCAGCUGGUUUCCGCUUCCGGUUCCGAGCGAGGUCUUUGGCUGGUAACCUGUGGUUGUGCACCUUUUUCUAACGACUUUUGUAAACACAGACAUUUUUGAACAAGCAACUAGAGCUCGGCGUAUUUUUCUAAACAUUUUAAGCAGUAAAGGUUUCGUCUCGCGAAAGUCAGAGUGCAAAUUGCCCCAGAAACAACAAGUAAUAGUUCAUAAACUAGUUUCCAACUCGGGACUGUGUGUGUGUGUGCUAGUCUCGACGUGUGCGUGUGCAAUUGAUUAAACAAAACAGGGGUAACCUAGGCCAACUGGAAGCGGAGAGACCCCACCAAAAACCGCGGACUAAAUUGCUAAAUCCGUAACCCGAAUCCGAAAGCCAGCGAGAUGGGCUGCAACACCAGCCAGGAGCUGAAGACCAAGGAUGGCGCCGCGCUCGACGCGGUGAGCAACGGGGAAGCGGAGCCGAGUGCUCCUCCUUUGGACGGCGAGUCCUCGAAGUCCUCCGCGAACAAUCACACAAAUCACGCCAAAUCAAAUUCAAUUAUCUCCAACGGCGAUGCAAAGGCGGCCAACGGAGGCGGUGGGAGUGGCAUGGCGGAAGCAACAAAUGGCAUUGACCGUCCCUGCGACAAGGCGGCACUCACGGAGUUCAACGACGACGAGGACGAAGCAAAAGCCGCAACAAAAAUCCAAGCCGUCUUUCGGGGACACAAAGUGAGAGAAACCAUGAAAAAAUCGGAAACCAAAACUGCGACCAACAACGGCAGUGCCGCCGGAGCUGCCCCAUCCUCCGCAGCCGCCGAGGCAGCCGCAUCCGCAGAGCCAACCAAAGCCGAGCUGGAGGCUGAAUUCGAUCCCAACGACAAGGAUCUGUGCCAUGCUGCAUUGAAGAUUCAGUCCACCUUCCGGGGUCACUUGGCACGCAAGCUGGUCAACAAGGAUGCGCCCGAGGACGAGGACAUCCAGGAGAUAACUAAGAAGGUGGCCGAGGAGCUGGACAUAGAUUUAACCGAUCCCGAGCUCAACAAGGCAGCUACCAAAAUUCAGGCCUCGUUCCGCGGCCACAAGACCCGCAAGGAUGCCAAUCCCGAGUAAGGAGCUACGGCGGUUGAAUUUUGUUGGUCCUGGCUGGGCAAGUCACAGAUGAAGCUUAACUAAUGCAAAUGCAAUGCAGUGAAUAAAAAAUUUGGUAAUUGUAAAUGUGUAAAAGGCCAAUCAAGAUGAGGGCACACAAUUGUAAACUUUUUAGUGAAUAUGUUUUAGACCGAAUGGUAAGACCCCAAUGAUUCUCAUAAUAUUUACAUAAAUUAAGUCGAAAGGCAAGUUACGUAUUAUUUGCGAAGCUUUAAUAAACUUAAAGAAGAGAUCUCAUUUUGCGAAUGAUGAUGAGCAGUUAGACGAUAUUUACGGAAAUAUAUUUGCGGCUUGUCUUGUUUAAUUACUAAUCUUUAGAAUCGUAAAAUUGCGUUAGUUACUGUUUAAUUAAAUGUUAUUAUGUUUUUGAAAAUUUCAAUUAAUCCCAAGAACAGUAACUAAACCUAACAAUUUAAUAAACUAAAGUUAAAUUUCCAAAAAAAAAAAAAACCUAAUGUUACAAAAGAUAAAUAAAAGGCACGAUGUUCCAUAAAAUUUAUUGUAGGAAAAUGCGAAACCAAACAAAAGACAAAUGCAAGGAAAAUGCUGAACAAUUUUUGGGAAAUCAUUUCCAUUUUGUCUGGCCAAUGCCAAAAGUAAAAAAUUAAUUGUACCUACAAGCGUAUGAACAUGAAGAUUAAACCAAAGAAACUCAAUGUUGUUUCAGAUUAAGGAAAAUUAGGGGUACCCAAGCAACAUGAAGCAGCUUCGAGACGUCAACUCAACAAUUUUUCAGCCCCCGGGCUCUAUAUAACUGAUAAACCAAUGAACAUGAAGAUAACUAAUCUGGUGGCACAAUUUUUGUUUUUCUACCAAGUGUAUUACAUAUUUGUCUACUUAACAAUUGAUCCCCGAAGGGAAACUGAAAUACACAUAUAUAUAUACCUAUACAAAAAACAAAGACAUGUAUUAGAGAGAGUUGAAUUGGAAAAUAUUUUUUUUCAGCCACGGCUGGGAGAAUUGUUACCAUGUGGGCAACAAAGGCCUCUAAAGAAAUAUUUAAAAUUCAAAUCAAUUAACUACAAAGAAUUAAUAACAAGCUAAUGAACAUAAUUGAACUUAUAUUAGAGAUCAAAGUCAAAUUCAAAUAAAUUGCAUAAAAUAUUACAUUUAAAAGCAAAUGGGUAACACCAGUUAUAUGUGGAUAAAUGAAAGGAAAACAGAAUAUGAAAGCAAACCAUAUACAAGCCGAACAAACAAAGCAAGAAUGUCCCAACUAAAUUUUAAUUGAGUAAUAAAAUAAAUACAACAAAGAUGA